AUGUCAAGAUACUCAACACAACCUACCAUGCAACGUGGUGCUUCAUCUAAUAAGGUUGAGGAUUUUGAAGAUAUGUUAGACAUGGAUCCUUAUGAUUUGGACGAGAAUGUUAAAUCACUUCUCGUUGCCGAAAAACUUGAGGAACAAUAUCAACAUUCAUUUCAAAACAUUGCUCAAAUGAGACAAGCUAUUGAGGAGGAGGAUAGGAAACGGGAGAAAGUAGUGCAAAGGCAAAAGGAGCCAGAGCCGGAAAAGUAUUAUGAUAGUGAGGGUGAUGACGAAUUAGAAAUAAUGGAGAGUGAUGAUCAUGUUACAAAUCAAUUGGAGUUUACAUUAGAUGAUAUACCAUUUCCUGCAAAUCAAGAUAAUAUUCCUAUUCAUGAAAGAUUACUAAAUUUCGGAUCAAGCCUUUCAUUAAAACAUCAGUUGAUGAAAAAAGCUAAGGAUGAGAAGGAAAGUGAAACACAAACACCACACAUUACUGAAUUUGCAAAGCAAAUGAAAAGAAAAGGAGCUAUUGAGAAUAGAUUGCUUCAAUCUAGGGAUGAACUGAAUGCAAGACUUGAUGAAUUGAGAAUGGAAAAAGAGAAAAAAGAACUAGAGGAGCUACGAGGUCCAAAGAUCAAUAAGAGAUCUAAAGAAUUGAAAAGAGAUGAACCAGCAUACGAUAGGUUACUAGGAUACAGAGAACAAACUCUUGCUAAAAGAGAAAUGAUAAAGAAUCUACUCGAAGAAAAGAAACAACAGGAAAUAACAAUGAAACCACAAAUUAACAAAAAGUCUCAAAAGUUGAGAAGAGAUAUUGAUGCUAUUCAACAAUGGGAAAAGGAGAAAAAUCUGAAAACAGAACAAUUGAGAAAUGAAAUCAAGAAACAAGAAAUCGAGCAAUUGCAACAGCCGAAAAUUAAUCCAAUCAGUGAAAAAUUAGCAGCACAAAUGGACAGGGGUCAAGAUGUAGGAGAUUAUUUGAUACAAAGAUAUGAGAAAAAGAAAAUGGAAAGAGAAAUUAGGAAUAAGAUUGAAAAAGAAAAGGAAACAAAAGAAGCUAAACCUCAUAUUUCAGUCCAUUCUGCAAAUUUGGAAAGACAGGGGGUUGUGUUUGAUAGAUUAUAUAUUGACAGUUUAGAAAAGGAAAAUAAGAGAAGAGAAAUGUUGGAGCAAAUAGAAAACAAGAUUAAUAAUAAUAUUGAUCCUCAAACAGGAACACCUCUUUACAAUCCUAUCAUUAAUGCUAGAUCUGCUUUAAUGGCUAGAAGAGAACCUGUAGAAGAUGUGUUGUUAAAAAAACGAGAAGAAGCAGAAAGAAAGAAGAUGGCUUUAGCAGAUAGGGAAAAGAAAGAAUUAGAAGCUCAAGGAGGGAAAGUUGGAGCCUACAGCCGUCUUUUAGUUGAAAUACUAGAAAAGAGAACCAACACAAAUACUAUGGAUCGUCUUACCAGAGUUCCAAAGAAGCCAGAACCUACUGUCAUAACUCAAACAUAUUCUUUUAAACCAGCUAUUAAUCAAAAUUCAAGAGAAAUAGACAAAUAUAGAAAUCAAGGUACUCCUCGUCAAGAAGUGUUAUUAAGGAAAGGAUAUGAAUACGAGCAGCACAAGAAAGAAAUUGAGCAAAGGAUCAAGGAAGUUGAAAUGUCUCAUUCACCAAAAAAGAAGCCUAAAACUCCUAAUGGACAUUCUCUAGCAGAUAGAUCAUUAGAUUGGGCAAAAAGAAAAGAUUUAAAGCUCGAAUCUGAACGAAAAAUGAGAGAAGCAAAAGAAUCUGAAGAAUGCACCUUCAAACCCAAUGUAAAACGACUUGAUGUCAGUAACAUUGCACCUUGUGAAUCUCAUUUCAGGACAAAGGAGGAGGAAAAUAGUUAUCUCAUUGCAAUGAAAAAGCAGGAGAGUGUAAAGAAGCUCAAUAAUUCCAAGACAGAAGAUAUAAAACCCAAAGGGGGUUAUUCACAGAAUAAGAAGGAUCCAGUGCCAAAGUCAAUCAGACCAAAGAGCAGAGGGUCAGUGGAUUUAAGAACCUCAACCAAAUCAGUCAACCCUAUUUCAAAUCAACACCCUAUUAACACUGAUAUUGAUCGUAGGACACAGAAUACAAGAUAUGAUGAAAUGGAGGAUAGUGAAAUUAUGGACAAUGAAAACAUCUAUGACGAAGAAGAAGUGGAUCCUGAAAUGGAAUUUGAACAGUUGAGGAGACUUGUUCAACAUGAUAAAUCCACUACUCAAGGAUAUUCAAAUAAUUUCAAAAACUCUCCACCUUUAAAUAUUUCAGAUUUAUUAGAUUCUGAAAAAACCAUGAAUGAGCUGUAUAGGUUAUCAAAUGAGCUUGAUUAUGAUGAUAUGAAUAGGAUGACCCCAGAAGCUUAUGAUCUUAUCACGAACAUGAUUAGAAACUCUAGAAAAUAA